AGUGGGUCCAAGUUUUUACAGCAACGUGGCCGUGCGGUGACAAUCGAAAGACCAUAUAUGUAAAUUUUGUACUUGAAAAGGCGUAUGACACAGAUACAAAAAUUCAUGUUUCGCUGAAAGACGGAAACACAGUUGUUAUUGGCCCGUUGGUAAUUACUAUUCCAGCUGGUCAAACUUCAAAACAAAUUACAUUCACGGCACCUGCAGAUAAGAUAUAUACUGUAUGGUAUGGCCUUGUAAAGGAUGGUUCUAAGAAACGUGAAGUCCAAUACAUACAAACAGAUCAGCAAGAUGUGAGUCCACCAGAAUGUACCACCAUUCCUCCUCCCACUCCAAAGCCAACAGGAAUUACCGAACAGGAUCCUCACAUGACAACGUUCGACGGCGUAAGAUACAACUUCCAAGGUCUGUGUACAUAUGUUCUCACUCAGGACUGUAGUAACAUCAACAAACCAUCAUUUCAAGUGACUGCUGAAUUCCGUGGGAAAUAUUCUGAAUUACGUUCAAAACCACUAACUCGUAUUAAUGCUGUUGAUGUUAAUGUUGACGGAAUGCAGUUACUACGUAUACUCAAGAAUGACAAUUUUCUUAUAAAAGGUCAACUCUUCACCAAUUCAACUGCUGUAAUUGGUAAUGGAUUGGGAACUGUGAAAGUAGAAGAUGAGCACGUGUACGUACAAUUAAAUAACCCUGCUCUAUCUCUGGUUUGGACUAAACCAACCCAUGGUAUCAAUAUAGCUUUGAAUGGUCCUAAUAUGCGAGGCAAUGUCUGUGGUCUACUAGGAAACGCUAAUGGUGAUCCUGAGGAUGACUUCAUGAAAUCUGAUGGAGUUAUUGUGACUAAAGAUGAUAUAUACGAAUUUGGAGAUAGCUGGAUGGUUCCCGGAAGCUGUGAAUAAUUGAAACCAUGGAAACGACCACAGCGUGACGUGGAAUAUUUGGGCAUCCGGCACAUAAAAUAAGCAUAACGUUGUUCGGAAUAUUAUUAAAUUACUGGUGAAGGGUACUUGUUAUUACUAAAAUUCGGAUGAAUCUGAAAAGUUGUGUGGGUUAUUUGGAUGUGGUUUCAAUUGUAAUGGAUAAAGUGGGCAAUUUUAUUGUAUUUUAAUAAAGUAGAUCACUGCAAAUUGA